UAUUUAUGUACUUAGCAACCAGAAAUCUGGGUGCAGUUGCACAUUUGAUCUUGAACCAUGGUCUAGCUAACAAUCCAUUUAUUGGGCAAACUGUUGAAUUUCAUCUUUGUACACUUUACACAAAGAAAACCAAUAUCUAAUCAAUUGGAUAAUAUGGCGCAUAACCGUCGCUUUGAAAAAGUCGAGGUGGAAGCCGCUUUCAAGAAAAUGCCGACUUUUAGCGACGCCACGAUCGACGUGGCUGAUCUGGACGCCUUUAUGGAAACGGUAGGAUACUCCGCCUCCAAGGAACAGAGGGACGCGUACGUCACCCUUUUUCGCGAAGGGUACAACGGAAAACUUAUUUUGGACCUUUUAGUCAGUUUGCUGGGCUCAAUUGAUGACCCGAAGGUACUCUUAAAAAUCCACGUGACUGCCCUGGACAAGGAUAAAGACGGGUUUAUUGACGAGUCCGAGUUCAAGACGAUUGUGAAAGCGUUGCUCGUUCACGAUCCAUCCGUGCCAAAAGUGGACUUUACCAAAUUUGUUACGGAAGCGGAUACAAAUAAGGAUGGAAAAGUCAGCAUUGACGAAGCGGUGGAGUGGUUUUGCAAAAGUUCGAAAAAUUGAAGAAAUCAAAUUACUUUCAUUAUUUCAUCUAGAUAGAGGUGUAAAAUAUUUGGGGUAUGCAACCGAAUUCUGUCUCAGCAUCAUAAUUAUGAAAAAUUAAGAACAAAUUUUAAAUUACUGUUUUCAAAUUUUCAGAAGUUCAUAAAUAUGUAUGUAUGUCCAUAAAAUAAUAUGUAAAAUUUAUGUAAAAUUUUGAGUAUAUAAAAUUCUGAGUAUGUACUUGAAAGAAUUUUUUCAGCAACGUUAAUUCAUCAAUCCAACCUUCAUGUAUGGGCGUACUCACCUCAAAACUUGUAUUUGUGCUUAAUUAAAGAAUUACCUUCUUAACGAAAUACAUAAUUUCCUGGGUGUAUCUAUUUGAGAAUACAACUCACUAAAAAAAUGAAAUAA